GCUAACUCGAUGCACGUCUGGCAAUUUCUGUUCCUACCAAUAGUAUUCGGUGCCCCUACUCGUCCUGGUGUGACGGUCCAAAAAUCUGGUCUGACUGUCCCCGACGAGUACAAGCAGUUUCGUGAGGAGGUCGUGCAGAUAUUCAAGGAUAGUUACGAACCGUAUCGGAGACACGCCUUUGGACACGAUGAGCUGCGACCAGUCACCAGCAGGCCCUCGGACGAGUUUUCAGCAUGGGGCGCAACGGUAGUUGACUCUAUGAGCACAAUGAUUAUUAUGGGCCUCACGGAUUACUUCAAAGAGGCUGUUGCUCACGCCAGCUCCGUCGACUUCACUUCCACCAAAUCGUGGGGCACGGUCAGCGUGUUCGAGACCACAAUUCGAUACGUUGGCGGCCUUCUGUCUGCCUACGAGCUUAGCGAUAAGAAGCAUCCGGUCUUAUUAAGAAAAGCGCAAGAUAUUGCCGACAAAUUGGCGUAUGCCUUUGUCGGGCAAAAUGUCAUUCCCUACGGACACAUAAGCUUCUCGGACAACAACCCAAAACGGGAAACAACGAAUAUCGCGGAGGCGGGGUCGUUGAGCCUGGAGUGGGAGGUUCUAUCCAAGUACACCAAGAAUUCAACAUAUGCAAAACUUGGCGUUGGCGCUGCUCGCCAUAUAGCAACGCAAGAGGGUUGCCCAAUACCAGGCAUGGCGCCUCAAAGGAUAGACCCGGUAUCGGGCAAGUUUGCUAACCGUUAUGUGACUUGGGGUGGUGAAGCAGAUUCAUACUUCGAAUAUUUAAUCAAGUAUGCGAGGCUGAGCAAUACCAAAGACAAAGUAUUUGUCCAGACUUGGAAAACCGCCGUCGAUUCCUCGAUUCGCAAACUUCUCCGGGAUUCGAUCACCGGUGUCGGCGCGUAUCUCGGUGAAAUGGACGAGCAAGGCGAGGUUCGACAUGUGUCUUCUCACCUAUCGUGUUUCCAUGCGGGCAACUGGCUUUUAGGCGGGCGACUGUUAAAUAACGAGACACUGAUAGAGCUUGCCUCCAAGCUAAACGAUGGAUGUUGGAAUACCUACAACAGCACCUCGACUGGAAUAGGUCCCGAGUCGUUUGCAUUCGUCAGUUCUGACGGUGGGUACUCGGGCGGCGGGCACGUGUCCGAGUCCCAGCUCGAUUUUUCGAAAAAGCAUGGGUUUUACAUAACAGACCCAAAGUACAUCCUAAGACCGGAAGUUCUAGAAUCUAAUUUCCACGGCUGGCGCGUUACGGGGGACACUAAAUACUUGGAUCGUGCUGCCGCAGCCAUCAAGUCUUUCAAGAAACAUCUAAAGCUCCCAGGCAGACAAGGAUUUUCGGACAUCACGAAUGUCAAUGUGGACGGCGCUGCCCGAUAUGGUGAUAAGACAGAAAGUUUCUGGUUUGCUGAGACCCUGAAGUACUUAUACCUAACCUUUGAUGAUCCCAAGCAUAUCAGCUUAGACGACUAUGUAUUCAACACUGAAUGUCAUCCGCUCAAGGCCCCACCAGCACUUGCUUCCUACGAUUGA